CGAACAACAUGGCUUCACGCUCAUCUCAUGCAGCUGAUGCCUCUCAGUCAAAAUCGGGCUCUCUUGAGAACCCCAGUCCAAACAUCCAGCCGAGGCCUAAUUAUGGACAAGCUGGAUCCUUGACACGCUCACCGUCCACGUUUCCGGUCGCGAUCUCUGCGCUAGACGCUGUUACAGUCAUGGACGACUAUGACCCAGACGACCUACUCACUAAACACACUGUAUCAGAGGUCAGGACAGUACAGCAACGCCUGAGGGCCAAUGCCGAGGCAAAACAGGAAGAAUUACGUCUUAUGGUUGGGGAACGGUACCGCGAUCUACUCCAGGCUUCGACAUCCAUAAUAUCCAUCGCAGAAUCCUCGAAGCGUGUGCUAGAGGUGUUCCAUGAGAUGUGUGAUAUUGUUGGCGCAGCAAAGUUGCCUUGUACCCCCAAACGCUCUUCGACGAGCGCAGAAGACGAGCACCUCGAAGCACUACAGUCGCUCUCUGCCCAUCUCAAACUUUUGUUGGAUGCCCCAGAACAUCUAUGGCGCUUUAUGGAACGUAAACUAUACCUGCACGCUGCGUGGCUCUUCAUGACUGCUCGUGCUGUCCAUCGGACAUUGCUACGAGGAGGUGGAGAUGCGGAUCAAAAAUGGCAGGUGUAUGCCAUCGAUGUUUCCGAGCAAAUGCCAAUAGUACAUCGUCAAUGGGAGGCAAUUUCACAAUUCCGUGUACAAAUCACCCAAAAAGCUACCGUCUCCCUUCGAGAGCACAUGAUAUCACCUGAGGAAGUCUGCGCUACUCUACUGACUCUGCAUUUGCUGGAGUCGCGACCACUGUCAGAGACAUUGACGAUCUACCUAACCCAAAGAUCAAAGGCUCUGUCUUUCACAUUAUCGCACCUCUACGAACACCACAUGAAUGGUGAUGCUCACGCAUCUGUAGGCAACGGGAAGACCUCCAGCAGAGCGCACAAAGCCAAUGUGCGGGAAAUCAAGCAGAGAUUGCAGACUGUACUUGAAAUCAUCUGCGGAACAUUAGGCACUGCACGAGAGAUUUUUGCGGACAAUGCCCGGGCCAACAAGCUAUCUAUGAUGAAGCAAACACUGCAAUAUAUUCAAACUGGGUCGAUGCCUGCGGCCCAUCUCCCGGCCGAGCUUGAAAUAACGACGAGAUCUUUAUUGAACUCACUACCGGCUUCUACCCACUUUCUCCUUCUUCCAGAAAGCAUCAGAUCAUACAAACCAUACGUCGACGGCACAUCUCUGUCAUCUUCAAUUCCGCAAGCACAACUUGAUGAGAAGCUGGACGCUUGGUUCACCCAGUCUAUGUCAGAUCUUGGCGUUGUUCUGCGGAGGUGGUUUUCAGCUCUAGAAGGCGUUCGCGAGGUCUGGGAGAUCCGAACAUCGUCCUUCGAUUUGAUUGAAACACUUGAUGGGAUACAAGCUGAAGAAAAAUCACGGAUGCGGUCGUUCCUAGACGAUCAUUCACGGCGACAGGCGGUCGUUGUGUGGAAAUCGGCUCUGGAAACGCUGGAAAUGGAGUUGAGAAAGCAUCUCUCACAUGCGAUCGAGACUGUAAGACAGAAGCCUGACGAGGCUUUAUCAGACAUGCAGUCCAUCGAGUUUCUCUUCGAGGUUCCUUCGCCCCAACACUCCUUUGAAGUGAAUAUGGGUUCGCUGACGACAGCUUCAUCGUUUCGACGAUAUAAGGCCUCGAUUGAGCGACGCAUGCAAGGACGAACCUCUCUUUUGGACGAAGUACUGGGCUCGGUUGAGUCCCAAGCGCGUUCGCUAAAGGAGGAUUUAGAGGGAAUGCAAGCGGUGGACGCUGAGUCUUGCGCACUAGCGCAAGAGCUGAGAGAACUAUAUAAAUCAGAUGCUGAGGCUCUCUGCACCGGACUCGUCACUAUUUUAGAGCAUGCUACAGAUACCAAUACCACCGAUGAGACAGACGCCUGUAGAAGGACAUCUCUGUUCGUGGGACAGGCCGCAUACAAACUCGCAUCAACAUCUUCCUUCAUUACGACUAUUGGUUGUGAUGAACUAGAGACUAGCAAAUUCCGCAAGCUGAUGCAUGCAAUAUGCGACAGCGUGAUGCAACGAUGGAUGAAUCACGUCCUCAAACAGAUCAUCGCCACAUACGCAUCAACUUUUACGUCUUCCGAUAUCAGUCGUCAGCAAGGCAUUGCUUCUUCGUCGGUCACAUCAGUCUCGCCGGCUCUCGUGCACGUCCUAUUCCUGCUGUCAAGUUCACUUCAUGAUAUAUCAGUAUACCUCGAGCCCGCAGAACGGACGGAUCUGAUCGCCAAUAGUCUUCGAGAUUUCUUCCAAGCUGUGCGGGACAGUAUCCAGAAUGCAGAACAGAAGGGGACCACCAAUCAAACAGACGUGCAGCAUUUCUACGACAUGAUAUUUCUGCGAAAAUUGGCGUGUGAAUGGAAAAGCAGAUUACCCGACGUUCUGGAGACGUUGGACCAUCACUUAGCUGCAACACAGAAGAAGCUUUCCCAGGCAAACGUUGUGCACUUGCAGCUCGACGUUGACGGCAGCAUUGCGGAAUAUUUAUCCAGAACACAAACGCUAUUGUCCCUCUUAUUGCCGCCUCACGAUAUACGAGUAGAAAUGGGCGGCAAGACACAAACUCACGACCAGUCGAAUAGCCUCUUGCCAUGUGGCAUUCCAGCCGUGGGACAGCACUUGCAGCCCGCGAUGGAACUUGUUAAACCUUCUGCACGGUUUGGUUUGCUACUCGUAGGCGGUGCUGCACUUCGAUAG